CUGAAUGUUCUACAAGAGGGUGAAAAUUUCAGUUCUCUUUCUACCUUGUUCCAAUCCGUUCCUGGCUUAGCUGGUACAACGUUGGAUGCUGCAGAUUCUGAUAGCGAAACCAUUGAUGAGUACGGCUCCGGUGUUAUCCGUUCCGCUUCUAAAGAUCAGAUCUCCAGUGUACUUUCAAGAUUGCAAGGUCGCGCUUCAACGUACAAGGAUAAAUAUAGAGAUUUGGUAAAGAAGUACAAUGAGGUUGUAACAGAGAACAAUAAAUGCAGGACAGUCCUGGCCCAGACGCAGGACAAAGCUCUCGAUCGGAUCGGAAAAUUAAAAAGCGAAAAGAAGGCUCUUGGAGAGAAACUGCGGGAACUGGAGGAAAGUCGGGCCAGCUCCUCUCCGGCUGAACAAAAGCAUCAUCGCCUCGAGGAAAUGCUGGAGAAAUGCAAAGCAGAGAUCACUAAGAAUCGUGCAAAAAUAAAAGAACUAACCCAGGAAAAUGAAAGGCUGUCGCAGAGUGUUAAAGCAGCUGAAGGCGAUUCGGAUAUCUCGACUUUGGUUGCGGAUCGUGUGGCCAAUGAAUGGAAACAAAGAAUAGACAAAGUAGAAGAAGAAUGGACAGAGCGAAUGAAUAAGAAUGAUGCUGAUCAUGCGAUACAACUGGCAACAACGAAAGCUGACAUGCACGCCGCUUUGGAAACGAAGGAUAGAGAGAUUGAAUCUUGGAGGUCAAAAUGUCGCGCUUUGGAGGUACAAGACGGGCAAGCAAAUGAGCGUUGGCAAAAGAAAGUGGACGAACUACAACAAGUAAUUCAGGCGUUGGAAGUAGAGAAAGGCGAUAUGAUCGAAAAGCUAUCUGCUGCGAAAUUACAGGGUGUUAAGGCAGUGCGAGACGAAGAAGAAAAGAAACGUGAAGAGCUCAUGGCUGAAUUCUCAGAGACAUAG